GCCCAGCCAUCUUGGCACUGGUGGAUCGGUCAUCGUGGCGUCCGGCGGUUGCAGCCGAUCAACUCAGUGUGAGACAGGGAUGACUAAUGGGAAACUGACUCGGAAUGAGAAGCAGUAUGCAUAAGCAGUAUCCCUCCCUCCGAUUCCUGCGAGCUUAGAAGAAGAGAUUUUAAAGUGUUAUCUGCGGGGCUUAACUACGGGGAAAGCUCAGACGGAUCGAUCAUGUCGAUGGGGGGCGACCGAAAAGCCCCCAUCCAACAGCGAUGAUGUGAUAUGUAUGACACAUCAAUCGGUUGCGCCAGGCGCCCGCGGAAACUCAGCAAUAUGUCACUCAAAACAAAAAUGGCCCACCUCACUCAGUAAAAUAAAGUAAAACGGGUCAAAAUGUACCAAGGUAUCUCAGAAUCUAGCGUAAAACUGCACCCAGUUGAGCGGUUCCGGGAUGGAUGGGGUGGAGAA